AUGAGCAAGCGUAACGAAGCGAGAUCUUCUGACUUCAAAUGGAUGCUGGUGAAGAAGGGGCUUGAAAAUCUGAUCGGCGGAGGAGCACGGAAGGCUUGGAAGAUUGUGAACGAAAUCAAACACCAAUCCAAGGGGAAUCAGCAACGGGAGAAGGAACGCAAGCUGAAGAGGAAACGGGAGGAGGAGAUGGCGCAGCAGACGGUGUCUCAAUCAGGAUUCAGCGGACAAUUCACUCAGAACUUUUUUGGUCCACAUUCCAGGGUGGGCGGGCCCGAUUUUCAUGCUGGAGGUAGCGGCGGAAGGGGAGAGGGGAGAGUGCAAGAGCACCACAAUCCAAUCAGAGGCCGAAAGUCUAGUGUCAAGAGCCAGAGCGGGGGCCAUCGCUCUGGUUCGUACCAUAGUACGGGUGCAACAGAGGGAGCCCCUGUUGAUGAGGUUGAUUCAGCAGCAGCCCCGCCCAAGCGCCAGCGAAAGGGGGAUUCACAAGAUGCAGACAAGGGAGAAUCCGCGGAAGCGUACAACCCACCGCCCCGCGAGAAAAGCAGAGUGGGGAUCGCUUCAACAGGCGUAGGAUCCCAAGCUGAUGCUGUUCUAACCGAGCUGCCACACAAUGCCUUGACGGACGGCGAUGGACACCAGGGAGCGGAUGACAGGGGGCUCAAGAUUGCGAAGACCUCCCCACUUGGUGCGGCCCACGCUCGGCGGGCUGCUGCACAAGGAGUGCUUGCACAGACAAAGAAGGACCUGGCAAGUUUGUACAGAGCCGGUGCAAGUAGAGCUGAGCGGGACGCUGUGGCGAGAGUGCUCGAGAAAGCUCUUCGCGCCUGUGACAAGGCUGACGAGGAUGUAGAUGCAGAGGUAGCGGCGGCGUUGGUCAAAAAGGAGCAGGAGAUUCGCGAGAGGUGGAAAAUCUCUGAAUCGAAGGGCCAGACUGGCAACCCCCAGGUGGUAGCGCGUGGCCACAGCGGCGGCGGCAAGACGACCACGGUGGUUGACAAGGCAAUUGUGCCGGACGGCGACAGCGAAGCGGUUGACAACAACAGGAGUGAGAGCGCGGCCACCAGGGCGCCCACGCUGCCUGCACCGUUCCACUCACUGGGCAGUCGCAGCAGCGGCCGAGGUGCUUGCCUCGAGGACGAGGAGGAAGAGGAGAGCGAGGGGGGGUUUGAGCUGGCUCUGCAGCAGCAGAUCGGGAGGACGAGCAAGCACGUCAAAUUCGACAAGCAGGAUGAUGUCAUUAACACCAAGGACGAUCACGACCAAACCGAGGGCAAAGACAUCAGAAAAGCGACCAACCCGCCCUUCGGCUGUAAGCAGCAGGGGAAGGCCACUGAUAGUGAGGCGACAGAUGACACCACCGCUGCGCUGCAGCACUACCCAUACCAUUCAAGCUUUGAGAGGACAACUGCGCCUAAGCCUAAGUUGGCAACCGCCAUGCCCCCAGUGAGGGCGAAGCUCAAUCCUAACGCGCCAGCAUUCGUUCCCAAGGCCCUGCUUCCGGCGCAGAGCGAGCCGGCGAAACCUGGCAACAGUUCCACCGUACCCCCCUCCAAGCUGCCAGCUGUUAAGACGAGGGCGUUCAGCAAAGAGGAGGACGUCAAUUCUGGGUCGCAGCCGGGCCCCGACGGCAAGGAAGGCCUUAUGACAAGCUUCCCCAGCCAAGCGCCGCCCCGCCCUUCGCCGCCUGGACGCCCUCUGCCAACCCCGACGAGCAAGGAGGAGCAAGGCCCUGACUACACGCAGAACAAGAUCAAUGGUGGACUCAGCACGGCGCCGGCGGUGGAGCAGCUGACCAGCAAAGUCAUCACCGAUUCCCAUGUGCCGGCAGAGCAGUCGAAGAGCGCGACCAAGAAAGAAGAGACUACUGCUGACGUCAUCGAGGAGUUGGAGCAUGGGUUUGACGACAUCAAGGACGGCCUGGAGGAGAGCCAUAGCCCGCCGCGCCGGCCCCCAUCUGGUCGCAACGUGCCCAACCCGAUCAAGGAGCCACUUCGCGCGAAAGAAAAGCAAGCGAGCAACGGUGGACAGGAGAUGACGUCGGCGCCGAUGCGGCCACCUGUCACAUUCAGCGAGCCCCACGAGCCGGCAGCCAAGUUGGGAGAUGCAAAGAAGUCGCCCGCCGGUGCGAGCAAAGCGGACGAUUCAACCCUUCAGUUGCAUGAUUCAGAGCGGAAGGACGACCAGAGGGACGCCAAGCAAAAUCAGAGACACAGUGUGGUCAAGAAGGACAUCAACGAAGUGGUGACGGAGACGCAGAAGAUCGGCGCGGGGCUCACCCUGCAGCACACGUCCGCAGGAGAGAGCGCCGUCGGACGUGAGACGAUCCAGAACGAAUCUCUCAAGACGAACAAGGAACAGAAAGUGGCUGGGAGCGUCAGCGGCAGCAACACUAAGAAGGCGGUUGAGGCGAUGAAGAUGGAAACCAUUACGAGCGGAGAGCUUCCGGAGGAACAGCAAGCGGGUUCCCUGGCCACCCCCACUACUUCAAGCGGCGUGCCCGGCACGCCCUUCGAUCCCUGGGGCCCGAUGGGAGUAGAGCAAUGGUCGGACAACGAGGAGGCAUUGGUUCCUUACAGCGACAGCUCUGAUGCUGAGGUAUCCCCGCCCAAGACGCUCUCCCCCACCCCCCCGCCUGCUAACGACCGCGGCCUGGACACUGCUGGCAACACCGGCAAGGCGGUCCGUGCGGAAACGCCUGUGCCGUUCCGCAGCGGUGGCAUUGGGAGAUGUGGAGUUGGCAAGGAGCGCACGCAAGCGAGCGGGGCACGGCAGACUGGUGAAGAAGCUGGGGCGGGGAAGCUGGCGGGCGAUUCGGUGGGGCUCGGUCAACUCCUGUCCUUUACCACCAGCAUCAGCGGAAACGAGGCCCGCGGCAAGAAGGUGUUUGAUAACAAAUUGUACGAGGACGAGGCGAAACAGGGAGACCAUUGAUUGUACUUUAAAACAAUAGAGGACGGCAUGUAACAAAGUUGAUUACGGCUGAGCAACGGACGAUCAAAUGUGAGGGCGGUGUAGCGAGAUCAUCCUUGAGAGCGAGAUCCUUUUAAUUACGAGGCGCCUUCGAGCUGGUUGAAACAUUUGCAGAGCGGCAAAACCUUUCAUUCCAAAUACCAAGCUGAUGAGAGUCGAUUGAAGUGAGCGGAGACUACUCAGAUAGUGAGAAGAUCGGCAGGAAGUGGACGAUUAGCGAGAGGAGACAGGAAGAAGCUGAUUAGAGUCAUAGAGCGUUUCGUCAACGAUUGUUUCUGUAAAGAGAAGUGCCUUGCGCCAUUACAUAGGCCAUCGUUCUUCACGUAGAUUCCCCUUAAGCAGUUAGAAGAGGAGACUGCUGAGCACCGGCCAAGAGACAAGAGGAUUAUACAUUAACGUUGGCACGUGCUUGUUGUAAAUCAACGAAACUUGCAGUAUCUCUGUCUCAAGUGACCAUUAUAGCACAGAACCUCGAGUCAGUACAUGGGUGCGCAUGGCUUCUUUCGAUCAGGCAUGAGACACG